UUUUGCCCAUAUCUCCUUGCGCGUUUUUUUAAGUCAGUCGUUUGUCGGAAGUCAAUCAAAAAGCGUGUCUCGGAGAAUUGUCCCAAAAGACAGAGAUCACCUCACCGCUUCACCUCACUUCACCUCGACGGCCCACAGAGCAUAGAGAAUGCAGCCAGGGCGUGAAGCUGUCGCGAUUCUCGCUGGCAAUUGCAAUUUACAAAAGUGUGGCAAAAUAAACAAUUAAAUUAUAAUUCGUGACAGGCGGCAGAAAAUAGCGGAGGAAAAAGCAGCAAGGAGGUGCGCCAUCUUCCAGCCCAAGCAGCAGAGGAGGCAGGAAUAUAUAUCGCCAACGGUCCAUGGGUCAAUAUCAUAAUCUGAGGCAGCAACCGGAGCGGCAAACAAGUCGCCACAGGCAGCAAGGAGCAGCUGAGUUGCCCAUAAAUCAAAGCGACGCAAUUUGCUGCUGACGAACUGCAACGCAGCAGCAGCAACAAGAGCAACAUCAGCAGCAGCCGCAACAACUAUGCCAUUACUACUGGCAACAACACUUGCCAACAAUUCCCAUCAUCAACACUUGAGCACAACAGCAGCAGAGACAGCCGCAGCAGAGACAGCAGCAGCAGCAGCAACAGCAACAGCCAAAGCAGCAGCAACAGCAACAGCCAAAGCAGCAGCAACUGCAGCAGCAGCAGCAACCAUGUUGCUGACUUCGCCGACAGCAGCAACUCAUUGCCUUGCUGCAGCAACAUCGGCAGCAGGUGUUAAUGUUCAAAUUACUGGCCAAGGCGUUUCGGCCACUCUCGUCGACGAUCAACUGCAACUGCCGGCUAAUUAUGCCGCUAACGUUGGCCAUUUGAAUGGCUUUAACACUAAAGACAACUGCCCACCAGUUCCACCCACCAGCGAGCAGGCAUUUGAGGGAUUGCUGCGCCUGCCACAGAUACAAGUCAAGCAGGAAUUCAUGGAGUCGCCUCCAGAGGGGCCCAGCUGCCAUCCCAUUAGCCACCAGCAAACACCAGCUAAUUCAGCGCUGGCUACAAGCUGUCGUGGCAAAACAAUAUUAAAUCCUUGGUAUCUAAGGCCCGCCGACGGCAUUGGAUAUCAUAAUUAUAAUAGCAACAACAACGGGAGCGGGGAAAUCAACAAGGAUGUUGGCCAGCAGAUGACUUCCGCAUGUGGCGAUGGCCAGACAUGUCUGCCAGUCUCGUAUUUUGGCAUGGAGACGCUGGCAUCUAUCAAACAGAGACAGAAAUCCCUGCCAGACUUUCUAAUACCGCUGCACGAAAUUAUGUUCCAGCAACAACAUCAUUACCAGCAAAGGACAAUGGGCACAUUAAUUAAUAGUCUGCCACACGGCUUGGUCGGGUAUCCCCCCCAAAAAGCAGAGACGUUCAAGUCGUUAACCCCACCGAAAGCACUGCAGCACCACCAAAAUCACCAGAAUCACCAAAAUCACCAGAACCACACCGGUGACCACUCCUUCGUCCGGCACUUUCACGAACGAGAUCGCCUCAUUCGGGAGCACCAGCUCAAGCAUCAGCAAUUGCGUGACGAGGAGGAAGUCCUUCAGGAACAGGAACAGGAGCAGGACGAGGAGCAGAGGCAGGAAACGCUGGGGAAGCCCCACGAUGCUCCAUCUGAGCUGGAGCACAAACAUCAUUGGCAUGGCGUCGUUUGCGAUGCCAAUGGCCAUGCCACGAGGCUGCUCCACAUUGCCCCACCAAGGGCCGGACCUACACCACUGCCAUCACAUCAGCAAGCGCCAGUCAGAGAGGUCCUGCCACCCCACUCCACGUCCUUCUCGACUAUUGCGGAUCCGCCCAAGGAGCCCGGCAUUUACGAGCAGCCAGCACCAAAUGGCCGACAUUGUCGUCCUGCCAACAAAGUUAUGCGGCACAUGUCGAACUCUCCCACACCGCCCUCACCACUGCGCUCGCUAUCAGACUGCGGCAAGAGCUUCGAGGAGGAAGAACUGGAGCUGGGCGAGAACGGCGAGAUGCCACAGAACCUGAGCAGCAAGCGCCAGGCCAGGGAACUGGAUUCUGAGCUGGAAAACGAGGUCCUGGACCUGGCUCCGCCACCGAAGAGAUUGGCGGAAGCCCACUUGCAGGAGGAGCGGGAGGAGGAAAAGGUAGCCAGCGCCAAUCCAGCACAGGCCUUGGGAUUUGCGCCGGAGGAGAUGCAUCAGGCGCUGCAACUGCAGUUGCACAGCUACAUAGAAAUGGUUCGCCAAUUGGCGCCGGAGGCCUUUCCCAAUCCCAACCUGGCCACGCAGUUCCUGCUGCAGAACUCCCUGCAAGCCUUGGCGCAGUUUCAGGCCCUGCAGCAGAUGAAGCAGCAGCAGAGGGAGGAUCCUCUGCCCAGUUACUCCACCCCCCUAACCAAAUCACCUUUGAGAAGUCCCUCCCUGAGUCCGGUGCCCAGGCACAGCAAGUCCCAGCAGCGAACUCCGCCAAACUCGAUGUCUGCCAAUUCCCUGGGACUGAGCAGUGCCGUGAUGACUCCCAAUACGCCCAGCAUGCAGCAGCAGCCGCAGCAGCAGCAGAGCACUCCCAAGCCCACGAGUGGACUAACUGUGGCAUCCGCCAUGGCCAAGCUGGAGCAAUCGCCGGAGGAGACCACCGAUCUGGAGGAGCUGGAGCAGUUCGCCAAGACCUUCAAGCAGCGGAGAAUCAAGCUGGGCUUCACCCAGGGCGAUGUGGGUCUGGCCAUGGGCAAGCUGUACGGCAAUGACUUCUCGCAGACCACGAUUUCCCGCUUCGAAGCCCUCAAUCUGAGCUUCAAGAACAUGUGCAAGCUGAAGCCGCUGCUCCAGAAAUGGCUGGAGGAUGCGGACAGCACAGUGGCCAAGUCGGGCGGCGGAGUGUUCAACAUCAACACGAUGACCAGCACACUGAGCAGCACGCCGGAAAGCAUCCUGGGACGCAGGCGGAAGAAGCGCACCUCCAUCGAGACCACGGUGCGGACCACGCUGGAGAAGGCCUUCCUGAUGAACUGCAAGCCCACGUCGGAGGAGAUCAGCCAGCUGUCGGAGCGCCUGAACAUGGACAAGGAGGUGAUCCGGGUGUGGUUCUGCAAUCGCCGCCAGAAGGAGAAGCGCAUCAAUCCCUCACUGGAUCUGGACAGUCCCACGGGCACUCCACUGAGCAGUCACGCCUUUGGGUAUCCACCCCAGGCUCUGAACAUGUCCCACAUGCAAAUGGAGGCCGGAUCGGGCUCCUUCUGCGGCAGCUCCAUCAGUUCCGGGGAAUAGGAGAAGCGGGAUUACCGUGGAAGUCCAUCCAUCCAAUCUUGUACAUAGUCAGCUUAUACUCCAAAUUCUUCCACAACAUUCCACACGCCACUCUCUCUCCAUAUCAAAUGCAAACAAUGCCAUGGAUGUAUUUAGUAAACUAGGUGAUAGCCAGUCGUAUCAGAAAAUCCAUUACGAAUUUAUGAGUACAUAUAGCUCCACUACACUACCUAUUCGUGUCUGUAUGCAUAUAGAGUUCCUAGUUCUAACUAUUCCCCAAAUGCCAUACGUGUAUCUGUUGUGCCCCCAUAUCCACUAUGCCACAAAUCAGUCCCCUAGUUGUAUUUACGAGUAAUGUGUAUUGACUUAGAUGUGUAUGUAUACCGAUGUUGUUGUACGAUGUCCAAUUGUAAAUUGAUCUUGAACACACUUAGA